AUGGAUAUGACCCUUUCGGAGGCGUUAUAUGCCUACGAAGUCCUUGUUAAACAGGGGAAGUAUUUCAUAUCCGAAUUGUAUUCCAAAGACAACGCUGAUGUGGAUAGGAAGAUUUUGAAGAAAUUUGGAUACCAUAAUAUCUAUUUAGUAGAUACAAAGAAAAGGAUCCGCAAACUUGUAUCUAAGUACAACCAGUACCACUCAAUUUUAAUGCAGUCAGUGUAUCUGGACAAGUUUUAUGACGUGAUUCCACGAAAUUCCGCUCUCGCUCCUAUUAAACUAUUUUUGUACCCUAGUUUGAUCUUCUCUAGGACUGCACAGCCGAUUCCAUUCGCCUUUAUGUGGAACAUGUUUGAUAGUGAUAAAUCUGUCGAGAUUUUCACACGAAUAAUUUCUAAGGAACACGGGGUGCCAUACGACAGAGGCCUGUCUAUGGAAUUUGAAAGACAAAUAAUCGAAGCAUCGAUGAUUGAGUGUGACUUCGCCCUCUUAGUAGAAAUGCUCUCUGAAAGAAAUAAAAUAUCCCAUACCUUUCACUCCCGGUUUAAUAUAGUUGUGACGCUUGAUGUUCCAAUUGAAGCAAACAAAACCCUAAAUUUAGGUCCUAUUAGCUGGAAUAUGUUAAACUCAGACUGGGAAGCAAAUGAGCUAAUAAACAAUAUAGUAGGAGAUAUGGAUAUUAAUAAAGACCACUUGCAGCUUGUUUUAUACACUUUUAAAACUGAAAUUAUAAAUAAAAAAAAGGAGAUGAUCUAUAGAUAUUCAAGUCGACUAUUUAAGUAUUCUAGGAAACAUAAUCUGAGAAUCCCAUUUAUCUGUAAAAGAGGAUCGUCAAACGUCUACGAAGACAAACCUUUCUUACUCUCACAAACCAUAAAUUUCCCAUCUAAGAUUAGGAACCUCUUUCAGUCUUCUUACAAGGAACGGCUACAAAUUUGUUCUAAACCAUAUAUUUGA